CCAGCACUCGGGAGGCAGAGCCAGGCGGAUCUCUGUGAGUUCGAGGCCAGCCUGGUCUACAGAGCGAGAUCCAGGACAGGCACCAAAACUACACAGGGAAACCCUGUCUGGAAAAACAAUAAAGAACAGGCUAAUGAUGUUCCUGCUAUGAGGUGUUUAACUGCUUGCUUUCUGCUCAUGUAGACUUGGUAUUUAACCCUUGCUUCUGCUCGUCACUGUGGGACUGGGGUGAAGUGGCGUUCUUGUUACUGUGCAGCAGGACAGAGGAACAACUGAGGGGGUUGGGCAGUUCUCUUCCUGCCAGCUGCGAAGUCUGGAGAUAACUGUGAUGUCCACCUCCCAUGUCCAGCUUUGUGAGCCCUUCCUUCAGCCCCGCUCAGCAUGGCAUGCUGUGUGCCUCAAAGGCUGCCUUCCUUCGACAUCAUGACACCCGUGAAGACCCAGCACUCCUUGGCAGGUCAGCCUUACGCAGUGCCCCUCAUCCAGCCAGACCUGCGACGUGAGGAGGCCAUCCAGCAAGUGGCAGACGCCCUGCAGCACCUACAGAACAUCUCUGGAGACAUCUUCAGCAGGAUCUCCCAGCGAGUAGAGCUGAGUCGGCGCCAGCUGCAGACCAUUAGGGAGAGGGUCUCCUUGGCCCAGGCUAAGAUAGAGAAGAUCAAGGGCAGCAAGAAGGCCAUCAAGGUCUUCUCUAGUGCCAAGUACCCAGCACCAGAGCGCCUGCAGGAAUAUGACUCCAUCUUUACCGGUGCCCUCGACCCUGGUCUGCAGAGAAGACCCCGUUACAGGAUCCAGAGCAAGCACCGCCCACUGGAUGAGCGGGCCCUGCAGGAGAAACUGAAAUACUUUCCUGUGUGUGUGAACACCAAGUCGGAGCCUGAGGAUGAAGCAGAGGAGGGACUUGGGGGUCUUCCCAGCAACAUCAGCUCCAUCAGCUCCCUGCUGCUCUUCAACACCACAGAAAAUCUGUACAAGAAGUAUGUUUUCCUGGACCCUCUGGCUGGCGCAGUAACAAAAACCCACACGAUGCUGGGCACAGAAGAGGAGAAGUUGUUUGACGCCCCUCUGUCUAUCAGCAAGAGAGAGCAGCUGGAGCAGCAGGCUCCAGAAAACUACUUCUAUGUGCCAGACCUGGGUCAAGUUCCUGAGAUCGAUGUGCCGUCCUACCUCCCUGACCUGCCUGGCAUCGCAGAUGACCUCAUGUACAGUGCGGACCUGGGCCCUGGUAUCGCCCCCUCUGCUCCCGGUGCCAUCCCAGAACUGCCCACCUUCCACACAGAGGUAGCUGAACCUUUCCAGCCAGAGCUAGAGGAUGGAGUGCUGCUGGCAGCGCCCCCGCCCCCGCCACCUCCCCCGCCACCUCCCCCAGCUCCCACGGUGGUGGUCAGUACCCCCCAACCACCAAUGUUCCCUGAAGUGGCGGCUGCACCCGGCCAGGCUGCCAGGGAAGAAGACACGAGCAGCAGCGUGGCCCACUCAGCCUCUGUCCAAGGAGCUCCUAAGGAGGUGGUUGACCCCUCCAGUGGCCGGGCCACUCUGCUUGAGUCCAUCCGCCAAGCUGGGGGCAUUGGCAAGGCCAAGCUGCGUAGUGUGAAGGAGCGCAAGCUGGAGAAGAAGAAACAGAAGGAACAGGAGCAAGUGAGAGCCACCAGCCAAGGCGGGGACUUGAUGUCAGAUCUCUUUAACAAGCUGGUCAUGAGGCGCAAAGGUAUUUCUGGAAAAGGACCCGGCACUGGAACCAGCGAGGGGCCCGGUGGAGCCUUCAGCCGAAUGUCAGACUCCAUCCCCCCUCUGCCGCCCCCGCAGCAGCCCGCGGGAGACGAGGACGAGGAUGACUGGGAGUCCUAAGAGUGCUUUCAGCCUUCUCCCACAGUCAGCAGGACCGGCUGGGAGGGCCUCCUUGGCCAGCUGGGGCCUUUCAGGUCCUGUUGCCCAAGGAGGUCCAGGGGGUUUUGUGCCAGGCCUGUACCCAGUUUCUCUUCAUGGAGUGAGGGCUGUGUGAGCCGUCUGCUGCUCCCCUGCUUCAUGUGACUGCUUUGCUCGAUCCUCACCUGAGGAGUACCACAGCGACAGGGUGGAAUGAAGAAAGUCACUGUAGACCUGAACCCAAGCCAACAGUGCCCUUCCAAUAAACGAAGGGUAGCCAUGCCGGCUGCCGACAGCUUC